AAUAAUGAUCCAUCACCGAAUUUCACGGCUGCUCGAUGCGCCAGUGAAUUGAUUCGAUAUGCGGCGAAGGAAGCUUAUGAACAGUAUGGACGUUCGAUGGUAUCCUCUGAUAUGCUAGAUCAGUUGCCUUCUCUGAUUAAAGCUGCUGAGAAACAGUGA